AUGUCCCCUAAUACUGCUCAGGACAUUGAGGAAGAAAGGUCUGAGGAAGAAGAUGACACGUUGGUCAAUCUUGUGAAAAUAAGUGUAGCAAAAAGACUGAGAAAAAGGAAGAGUAUUGCUAAGAUAAGAACAGAUAGGAAAGAGAAAAGGGUUACUGACAUCUCCUUUGACAAAAGAAAGGCUGUAAAGAAGUCUUCCAACAGAAUUGCUGCUGAGCACCUAGACAAAUGGAGGUUUGUCACUCAGAGAAGGGUUGCAGUUGAAAGAGAAUUGGGGAAAGAAGCUGUUGAAGUGAAGGAAGUAAUGGAGUUAAUCAAGGCAGCCGGUCUUAUGAAAACUCAAAUUGGACAUGCCUCCACCAAUGCUGUAAAGUUGCCCAUUGCAUUCCCUUCCAUCAUCUGUGGCAUCAUCCUGAGUCAACAACCAGGAAUCCUAAGUGCUAGUGAUAUUCCAAGCAGGAGGAAGACCCCUCUAUCAAUUCACUAUAAGCUUUUUGAGGGUAGUCAUGUCAAUGAUGUUGUCAUGACAUCUGCAACAAGGGAACCUGCAUCUCAAGGGAACCUAAUUGACCAACUAAGAGAAACCUGCAGGGAAUUGGAGAAUGGUAUAAAUGUGGCCAAAGCAAGAAAAGAAGCUUUGGAAGCUCUUAUUUAUAGCCUGGAAAAGGAGGAGAUAGAAAAAGCUGGUAAGGACUCAGAGGCAAAAGCACAGUCUUGUACCAACUCUGAAAGCUCUGAUGGCUCUGAAGAUGAAGAAGAAGGCGAAGAUGAUACUUCUUCCUCUUGUUUGUUAAAGAAUGAAGACGGUGAAACUGGUGGGUCUGAUGUUCUGGGAGAUGUUCUGCUGCUGCUGCAAUAUGGAGUUAUUAGUUUUCUUUUGUGUGGCAGUCCUUUUGAUGCAUGUUAUAUAUUAGUGUCGUAA